AUGUCCCCCGUCUUCUGGCCGUUCUGGCGGCGAAAACCUCGUUCCCAACUGCCGGACGAACACACCACCACCACCACCACCACCGCCGCCGCCAACCCCAAUAUCCCGAUUGGCCCUCUCGACACGUCUGCCGCAUCAACAACACAUCCGCCUCGCGAGCUUGAGCUUCACGUGCGUGGAGACGCAGCCCAAGCACCACCGCCAGCACCGCCUUCUCGCUUUGCCGCAACCACCAGCGGCUCCAGGCCAGCGCCUUCCCUCAUCACCCCUGAGCGCCCUGAGCACCCUGAGCACCGCCGUCCACGUCGCCGCCGUGCCGAUCCAGACUCUCCCAUCACGACGCCGAACCCAUUCCCGCCAUCUUCCUCCCCAACACAGACGCCCGCCCGAGACAAGCCGGCCAGCCGUCGCCUAAAGGCCCCUUCCCAGCAACCUGCCUAUCCUCUGGCUUCACUCGACCGCGCCGCAGAGCCUGCUGCCGCAGCCGUGGCAGCCUUGAGCCCGCCGCAGCCCUCCGUGCAUGGCCAGGUCUAUAAGCCGAGCCUCGUACAGUCACCGUUUCGCCCUCGCACCAAGGCGACAACCGAUCCUGCUCACCGACUUCGGCGGCUUCCCGCGGCGCGCCUCUGGAAUCCAACCAACUCUACGCCCCGGCUUCCCCAGCCCCGAAAGCGCCGACCCUCGUCACCGCCCAUUCCCGCAUUGCCUCUGAAGCACCCUGCGCUCGACAGAUCCCUGGAUAUACGUGACCCCGUCACCACCGGUGCUGGCGACUACCCGCUCCUGACCUUGCCUGAACAACGGCGGUCGAGGUAUUCACAGUCUACACCGGUGAGUUUUCAACUUGAACUCGGCGAAACGAGCGAUCACAGAAUCAGUCUUCCGCGGUCCGUUCGAGCAUCGUAUGAGGGAAAACGUUCCGUGCACCGCACAUCAACACACUUGGAAGCAACAGCGGAACAACAAGUCAACGACCAACACGCCCAAGAAGCUUCUGUUGCCUACCUCUCAGCAAAGAGUAAAGGCAAGCAGAAGGCAACCAUGGCGCCAGAGAGUGAAGAUGCUAGGAGGCCAUAUUCCAAGGAUCUCGAGCGGGGUCCGGAUGUCAUGGACCAUCGAGCCUCCAAUAUUUCAGCCGGCGAAGGCAUUGGAUCUGCCCUCUCUUCGUCCAACUCCUCAAUUAUGGGAGACGAUGUACAGCCAGACGCCGGUCAGGAAUGGGGCCCCCAGCAUCCAUGCUUCCCUCAUCUGAACCCGCAUGUUCCUCUCGACUCGGUCGAGCAUGCGACUACGCGAAUAAUUCGUGUCAAGAGAGAUUGGCUUGUGGCUGGUGACCUGGCCCCGACGUUUUCCAACCUAUACCCCGAAAUCCUGGACCCAGCUGGCGUUUCCGAGCAAGAGUUUAGACGGGUUAUUGAAAAGCUGAAUGGAGAGCUGAUACCUAUAUUCGACCCCUUCACGUUUCGAAACAUGCUCGACAGCGUCCUGGGACUCGUGACUGGCUGGUUGUGGGAUGACUUUGGUUUGACGGCUGCCAAAUCACGGCUGCAUAAUCUCGAGAAGUGGAUUGAGAAGUGGAAUCAAGAGAUGGAAAAGACCAUGGCAUCCGAGGAAGGCAUUAUUCCACCAAAGUUGAUUUCGCUCCGACAGACAGGGUACAUGACUCUUGACAUACAGAUACCGGAUCCUGAGAUUGCUCCAGCACCAAGUACUAUCGGCGCGGGCGAGUCGCAGACUGCCUUGCCGAUGGAGCCAGCUCCUGCUAUCACCGCUUGA